AUGGGCCUGGACACACUGAGGAUGGUACUAACAACAGGAGUGAUCCUACUGUGUGCUUGGCUAGAAGUAAGCUUAGCGCAGUCGGACCUCCGUCUGGACGUCCCGACGAAAGUCAGCACGAUCGUCGGAGACCCGGUGACCAUCCCCGCCACAUUCCGCACAACCCGCCGUAUCAUGUCCAUCCUCUGGUCCAAAAGCGGAAAGGAAAAUGCUCGGCAGCCCGUCAUGUCGUCCUACCCCAUAGCCGACACAACCGAAGCCCAUGCGGGGUACGUGGGAAGGGCGGAGCUGGUUGGGGAGGCGUCUCUGAAGUUAAGGAACACCCGGGCCGAGGACGAGGGAACCUACGUGCUAGUCGUGGCCGUGGAAGGGCUCGGACCACAGGAGAGAUUCGUCAAGCUGGACCUACUGGUUCCGCCAACGGUGGAGGUCGGGCCGAAAGACCCCCAGCUCACGACAGCCGGCAGAUCUGUGUCUCUGACAUGCGCAGUGCGCGACGCCAAGCCGAACAUUACGUCACUCCACUGGGAGAAGGGUAGCGCCAUCAUCGACAGUAACAGGUUCGACACCAAGUUCUCUGGUGGAACGCUACAAAGCCCCAACCUUGUGAUCAGGCACGUCACCAGGGGCGACGCGGGUCGGUACAGGUGCAUCGUCGAUCACGUGAUCAAGUCUGCCAGUGCUGCCCUGAACCUACAAGUUCUCUAUGCAGCCUCGGUCAUCAGUGUUUCCGACUCCCGCACUGCUGUGAUAUCGGAGUCCGUCACCCUACAGUGCACGGCGGACGGGAAUCCUCCGCCGAACGUCACCUGGACUCGGAACGGCCUCCCGGUCCGCAGCUCCACCCGCAGCCUGUCGCGAGACGUCCGCCUGAGCUCGGUGGUUCUCCCGAAUGUGCAGCUGAACGCCAGCGGGACGUACGUGUGCACGGCCAGCAACAGCGUGGGGAAGAGCGACGUCAAGUCACUACAACUCGUGGUGGAAGAGUACUCCAUGGAUGAGAAGAGCAGUAUGAUCGCCAUCUUGGUUGGCGCCCUGGCCGGUGGACUGUGGUUGAUCAUCUGCCUGGUUCUGGCCGUCUACUUCUUCAGAAGGCGCCGCGAGAGAGAAGAGAAGAAGAAGUUCUCGUUUUACUACAACAUGGGUCGCCGUGGACAGGAGACGAUCAACAAGAAGCUACAGGAGGAUACACUGGAUAGCGGACGGCAUCCCAACCCACAAGUACCAGCCAAGCCGAUGCUGCCCACGGCCCCCAACGCUGGUAUAGAGACUCUCAGGCGUACAAAGAAGCAACGAGAGAGAAGAUACGCCAAGGCCAUGUACCCGUACUACCCACAAGACGACAACGAGCUGUGCCUGGAGAUAGAUGACGUCAUCGAGGUGCUGGAGGGGGAAGAUGGCGGCUGGUGCCUGGGUUACCUGAGGGGCAGGAUAGGCCUGUUCCCCUCUAACUACGUCAAGUUUCUUACUGCAAAGGAAGCAUCUGCUGCGAAGCUGAAGGACCUUCACGAGGGGAAAGACGCCGUGAAACUUCCCACUAAAGGAAGUAUCUAGACCUGAUCCAAGAUAAGAAAGAAGAGAGCUUCACUUUCCAAAGGUUUCGGGGACAGACACUAAAGAUCCGUAGUGCUCCUGGCGAACCAUGUGCACCGAGAACAUACUAGUAUGUCUCAUUUUUGGCAACGGCCAACGGGCGACGAUGUACAGGAAGUAAUGUUGAGGGCAUAUGAAAGUUAACACACAAUAGACGUCUAUUGUCACUGUGAAUCGGUUUCAUACAUUUCAAGCCCCAAGUUCAUGACCGGAAUUGAUACAAGCUGACAUAAAUGAUGCCACGAAUUUCAUAUAAGAAUAUAUAUACGUCUCUUGAGAUCAGCAUAGUCAUGAGAACAAGUAUUGGUCUUAAGCACGUGCACGCUAGCGUGUGAACGGUUGGGCGAAUCCUUUAUGUGAAUACCCAAUGAUGACAGCGUUAUAGGAGUGCGUGUAUUGCGUGUCAAGAGAAUAUAACGUGUACAGUGCUAACUAUUUCUACCAACUCUUGUAUAAGACUAGUACGUUACUUGGCAAUGUGUUAUAAACACAUCUAAUGUUACUUGUAUAUGUGUUUAACGCUGACGCUGUCAUAUUUGAUAUUAUGUUUCAUCGUACCUUACAGGAAAACAUUUUCUUGCAGUGUUAA